AUGUCUCUCUACCGCAUCGGCGUCGACGUGGGCGGCACCAACACGGACGCCGCGAUCCUCGACAUCAAGGCCGCAGACUCGCCCGGACGCGGCAUUCUCGCCUCGCACAAGGCCGCGACAACUGAGGACAUCACAGGCGGCGUCGAAGCAUCGAUACGAGCAGUCCUCGAUGCAUCCGCCAUUGACCAGCGUUGUGUUCUGAGCGUCACCAUUGGGACCACGCACUUUAUAAAUUCCGUCGUCGAAGCUGAUGCCCGCCGCCUGCACCGCGUCGCCGUGGUGCGCCUCUGUGGGCCGUUUACUCGGCAGAUCCCACCCUUCUCUGACUUUCCCGUAGGCCUGCGCGGCAUUCUGGAGGGAGGCGUGUUCUAUCUCGACGGUGGAUUCGAGAUUGACGGCCGUGAGAUCGCCCCACUCGACCCCGAGCACAUCAGACGGACUGCGCUGGAGAUAGCCGCCUCGGGCGUCGGCUCGGUUGCCCUGGUGGGCGUCUUUUCGCCACUGGAUCAUGAGGGAGCGCAUGAGGAACGGUGUAAGCAGAGCAUGCUGGAAGCGGUGCCCAGUCUACGCAUUGUCUGCUCGCACGACAUUGGCCCCACGGGGUUGCUCGAGAGAGAGAACGCCACCAUCCUCAACGCCGCCAUUCUCAGAACGGCUGCGAAGGUGAUCCGAGGAUUCAAGAGGGCCAUGAACCGGCUGCGCCUGACUUGUCCCCUUUAUCUCUCUCAGAACGACGGGACCCUGAUUGAGGCCGAUGCCGCUGCCGAAUAUCCCAUCAAGACCUUUGCUAGCGGGCCGACCAAUAGCAUGACGGGUGCCGCGUUUUUGGCCGGUCUUGAUCGCCACCAUGCCCGGGCUCUCGAUGACGGUGUCGGUGACAGUGGCUCUGGAGUAGGUGCCUCGGACCCGGACUCGGACUCGUUUCAGCAGCAGCAGAUUCUGGUCGUCGACAUCGGCGGUACUACCACCGACGUCUGCGCAUUGCUGCCGUCGGGAUUCCCACGACAAGCACCCGGCUUCGUCGAGAUCGGCGGAGUACGCACCGCCUUCUCCAUGCCUGAGGUCUUGUCCAUCGGACUUGGCGGCGGCAGCAAGGUCGUAAUGGACGACUCCUGCGGAAAGGUGAAGGUUGGUCCCGGAUCUGUCGGCUACCUCCUCCAGCAAGAAGCCAUGGUAUUUGGAGGCUCGACCAUGACGGCGACGGAUGUCGUGGUGGGUCUCGGCAAGGCGCAAGUCGGAGAUUCGCGGAGGGUUGCCGACAUCUCGCCCGAUGUCCUGGACAAAGCGAGAAAGGAGAUCACGAGAAUGCUGGAAGGCGUCGUCGAGCAGAUGAAGGUCUCUUCGGCGCCUGUCCACUUGCUUCUUGUCGGAGGCGGCGCCCUUCUCGUGACCGAAAACCUGCGCAACGUGGAGAAGUGCAUCCAACCCAUACACCACGGCGCUGCCAACGCGGUCGGCGCUGCAAUUGCUAAGGUGUCGGGCGAGGUCGACGCGAUCGAGGUUCUUGCGGGGCGGACCGAAGAGAGUAUUCUCAAGGAGGCUUGUGAAAAGGCGAUUGGGUUGGCAGUGCGAAAGGGGGCCGCGAGAGACGACGUCAAGGUCGUCGAGAUCAACAAGAUGUCGCUGCAAUACACGAAUAACGCGGCCAUGAGGGUGCAGAUUCGAGCCGUAGGCCGGUUGCAGAUCCCUACCGACCUGACGACGAAGCCGCCGCCGCCCCCGGAUAGCGAGCGGGAUAGUUUCGAAGAAGAGGAUGAGGGCCAGAAAGUCAGCGUGCCCAACGCCUUGGUGCCCUCGACAAGACCGUCGCUAGGUGUUGACCUGACCGCAUAUUGCCCCGAAGUCCGCUGCGGCGUUUGGUAUGUUUCCGAUGUUGAUCUCGAGCUUAUCUCGACGGGCUGCGGCGUCCUGGGCACUGGCGGCGGAGGUCCAACACACCACGAGUUUCUAAAAAGCUUGCACGCUCUGAAAACAAGCGAAAAGGGCAGGAUGCGCAUCAUUCCACCAAAAUCCCUCGCGGAUACUGAUCUGGUCUGUUUCGGGUCCUGGUAUGGGAGCCCCAGUGUGAUCAACGAGAGGAUUGCCGGUGGCAACGAGAUAGUCACAAACAUCAAGGCGCUUAGGAAAAUUGUAGGCCGCGACUCUUUCGAUGCCAUCUUCACCGAGGAGAUCGGCGGAGGCAAUGGAAUGAGUGUGUUCCCGCCAGCAGCCUAUUUCGAUAUCCCUGUGGUAGACGGCGAUGGCAUGGGAAGGGCGUACCCGACGAUUUACCAUGUGACUUUCGCCGUGUAUGGCGACCCUCUGACACCUUGCGUUCUCUCCGACGCCCGAGACAACGCUGUCGUGGUAAUGAACAUCGAUUCUCCAACCAGACUCGAGACCGUCUUAAGGACAACAGCGAUUGAGCUUGGCUUGGGGUGCGCGCUCUCUGCCUACCCCUUGCCGGGCGCGGCGAUCAAGUCUCACGGCAUCCCCAACACCUUCUCCUUGGCGUGGUAUCUCGGUCGAGCCAUCCAUAUGGCGCGCAGCCUGAAACGCAGCUACGUCGACGCAAUAUUCGACAUCUGCGCCGGGAAACUGCUCUACAGUGGCAAGAUCACCGACGUGCGUCGCUACAUUGGCGGCGGGUACACCAUGGGCAGCGUCCUCAUCGGCCCUGCGAGCGACGACAACGCCGCGUCUGCCGAGGAAGCUUCAACUGCAACAACAACAACCUCCUCGUCUAAUGAUGACACCGGCAACACCAACCAUCACAUGUUCAUCCCCUUCCAGAACGAGUACCUCUACGCGGCCCUGAGCGACGCAACCGGCUCCGAGGCGUCUCGCAGAGUCGUCUGCACCGUGCCCGAUCUCAUCUCGAUCCUCGGCCAGGACGGGGAGGCCAUUGGGUCGCAGGACCUGCGGUACGGGCUGCGUGUCUCGGUCAUUGCGCUGCCGGCGCACCCGCUGUGGAAGACCGAACGCGGCCUGGAAGUUGGCGGCCCCCGCGGGUUCGGGCUUGACAUGCCGCCCGUUGGGCUGGAGGAUCAAUUUGUGGAGACGCUGAGUGUCAUUGACGAGUUUAAUGUUGAGGCUUGA